AUGAAUAAAGUCACAACCAUGGAGGGAAUGAUUGAGUCUUCUCUGAAGCUCCUAGAAGAUGCAGAAUCCAAUGCACGGGAUACACCACCAGAGGCCUUCCAGGAAGCCUUUGGAAUUGUCAUUCUUGAAUCCAUGCAAGCAGGGUUUUUCUUCUCAGCCGAAGUUGGCACAGGAAUCCUGCUCCGACACGACAAGACUAAUAGUGCUUGGAGUCCUCCUUUGGCGAUUGGUUUGACGGGUGUUGGAGCUGGAUUAUCUUUUGGUGCAGAGAAGAAACACAUGAUUAUUUUCUUGAAAGAAGACCAAUUUGAUCAGACAGCCAUGACCAACGACUUCACCAUCUCGUUGGGCCUCGAACAAUCUUUUGCAAUAGGACCGAUUGGAGAAUCAAACGAGAUUGCUUCCAACAUUGGGAACAAGGGAAGUGGUAUCGCUACUGGCUAUUCCACAGCUGUGGGUCUUUACACUGGACUUCAGGCUGGAGGUAGCACCAUCGCUCCGCGAACUGCAAUCAACAAGAAAUUUUAUGGAGAAAAGCUGACUCCGAAGGAGAUUUUAUUUGGGAGUAUUGAGGUUCCCCAAUCUGAGGCCUUGGCGAAGCUGCAUGCCCAGCUUUCUAAGUUGGCAAUCAGCAAAUAG